AUGUGGGUACCCAGCGACCGAGAAACUCAAAUGGAUAAACUUCGAAAAAUUAUUAAUGAUAAAUAUCAUUUAUCUUUAGAAACCUAUAAUGAUUUUCAUGCCUGGUCUUGUGAGAAUUACAGUGAAUUCUGGGAAGAAGUUUGGCAUUUUACAGAAAUUGUUCAUUCUCAAAGUUAUGAACAGGUCAUUGACAAAGAGUUGAAUAUUGCAGACAUUCCAACAUGGUUUUUUGGGGCAAGACUUAAUUUUGCAGAGAAUUUGCUGCGGUGUGAAGACAACAGAGUUGCAAUUUAUGCCACAAGAGAAGGCUGCAAUACAAUUGAGCAGAGGACUUUCCAGGAAUUACGGUCUAAUGUUGCCUGGUAUGCAGAUGCUAUGAAAAAGUUGGGCAUCACACAGGGAGAUAGGGUUGUGGGUUAUUUGCCUAACUGCUGUGAAACUGUUGAAGCGAUGUUAGCUGCUGCCAGUAUUGGUGCAAUAUGGAGCUCAACUUCCCCUGAAUUUGGGGAUAAGGCAGUUCUGGAAAGAUUUGCACAAAUCAAACCAAAACUGAUGUUUACUGUCAAUGCAGUCUUUUAUAAUGGCAAAAUUCACAAUCACACAAAAAAAGUGAAAAAAGUUAUUGAAGGUCUCCCAGAAUUGCAAAAGACUGUUAUUAUCCCAUUUAUUCCUGAAGAAGCAAUUCCACUUGAAGAAAUACCAAACUGUUGCCUUCUUGAAGAUUUUCUUCAAUCCAAAUUAUCUAGUGACAAUGCAAACACCCCAAUUCUGAAAUUUGAACAGCUUCCAUUCAGCCAUCCGCUUUUUAUUCUAUAUUCGUCUGGAACAACAGGACCGCCAAAAUGUAUUGUUCAUUCUGCUGGGGGAACUUUACUGAAACAUUUAGAAGAACACUGCCUCCAAAGUGAUAUGACAGAAAAUGAUAUUAUGUUUUAUUAUACAAAUGUUGGUUGGAUGAUGUGGAAUUGGCUUGUCACACCACUUGCUCUUGGCUCUGCCAUUGUCCUCUAUGAUGGCUCACCAAUGAUGCCAAAUAUCAACAUUUUAUGGGAUCUGGUUGACAGAAUAGGAAUCACUAUUUUUGGCACAAGUGCAAAAUGGUUGUCUUUGUUAGAAGAGAAAAAUGUGAAGCCAGUGGAAACCCACAAACUGGAUUCUUUGAAAAUGAUACUCUCCACAGGUUCACCCCUAAAACCUCAAAGUUAUGAGUAUGUCUAUGAAUUUAUCAAGAAUCAAGUCCUUCUUGCAUCUAUAUCAGGUGGAACAGACAUUAUUGCUUGUUUCAUGGGUCAAAAUUGGACGGUGCCUGUCUGCAAAGGAGAAGUGCAGUCUUUUAAUUUGGGUUGCUCGAUGGAGAGUUGGGACGAAAAUGGACAUUCUGUUUUUGGUGAUCAUGGAGAAUUGGUUUGUACAAAGCCGUUCCCUUCCAUGCCAGUUUGUUUCUGGAAUGAUCCUAAUCAUGUCAAAUACAGAAAUGCUUAUUUCUCCAAGUUUGAGGGUGUCUGGGUCCAAGGAGAUUUUUGUAUCAUCAAACCAAGUACAAAAGGGAUUGUUAUGUUGGGACGAAGUGAUGGUACUUUAAAUCCAAAUGGAAUACGAUUUGGAAGUGCAGAAAUUUACCAAAUUGUGGAGGCAAUCAUAGAAGUGGAAGACAGUCUGUGCGUGGCUCAACGGAAGAGAGACGGAUCUGACGAGAGAGCAAUUCUGUUCAUCAAGAUGGCCCCAGGACAGGAAUUCAAUGGGAAGUUGGAAAAAAAAAUCCGGGAUCGUAUUCGGUCUGAUCUCUCUGUUCGACACGUUCCUGCUCAUAUACUGCCAAUUGAGGACAUCCCAUAUACAAUGAAUGGGAAGAAAGUGGAAAUAGCUGUCCGCAGAAUUCUGGGUGGUGAUCAAGUGACUCAUCGAGGUGUGUUGGCAAAUCCAAAUUCUUUGGAUUUAUACAGCAAUAUCAAAAUACUCCAAGAUUAUUGA